AUGGAAGCAAUCAGCGCCUCCAAGUUUAUUGUUGAUCUCAAGAUUGUUAAGAUUGAUAGGCAGGCUAACAAGACGGCGCAUGAGAUAGCAAAUUUUAGCUUUGAUAGCAUGUCUGAUGACAGGCGGAUCUAUCAGCCCCCCCGUGAGCUUCCCCUCCUCUCUCCCUCGCGCCCGCGCGCGCGCGCUCACCGCCAACCGCUCGCCCGCGUUGCACCUAGCUGCUGCAGCAGCCUCGCGCCGCCGUCGCCCUACCGCGUCGCACCGCGCGCCUGCCCGCAGCUUGCCCCAUGCGGCCCGCUACUCCUCUGGCCACGGGCCCGCGCGCACGCGCUGCCGGCCGCGCGCUCUGCUCCCGUGACCGCCCCCGACGCACCCUCGCUUGGACUCGCCCUGGCUCCACCUGCCACAGCUGCCCCGCUCCCUUCCCUCGCGCUCGCCCGCGCCGACGCGGGCCCUGGCCGCCCGUGUCGACCCGCACCGGCAACGCCUACCCGCGCCCUGCCGUGCCGCACCGGCCGUGCCACCCCGUCACCCCCUGCUUCCUGCGCCGCCGCCCGCCUCGCGCACGCGCUCGCACCGCGCCCUCGUCCCCCCUGCUCUCGGGCUUCCCCGCCUCUGCUCGCCCACCGGCCGCCCGCGCCGUCCGUGGCUCGCGCGUGGCCGCCCCCUGCUUCCCCCUCGACGCGCUCGCCUCCCGCCUCGCUCGUCGCCGUCCCUGGCCUCGCCCCGUCCACCGCGGCUCCCCCCACUGGCCGGCGUUCUGGCUGCAGGCGCCCACGCCGCGGGCUGCGUCCGGGGCCAGCCCCGUUCGGCCUCGAGCACGGGCACCACGCCCGCACCCAGCGCCCGCACCCGCUAUGGCCUCUAUGCCACUGA